UCUCAAUGGAAGUCGACAAGGUCAACUUGCUGAUCACUCUCAACAUACCAGUGGUUACUGGUGUCUUCAUGCUUGACUACAUCGUGUCUGAUACCUCUAUCUAAUAUCCGCGACUAGAACACAAUGCUCAAGUCCACCCAUCACGUAGUUAAUCGACCGCCUCCUCCACCUCCGCAAUCCAUCGCGGCGCUGCAAGAAGGAUGGACCGAACACACUGCACCAUCAGGCCAUAACUACUACUACCAUGCUGCGACUAAGAAAUCAACAUAUACCCGCCCGGCCCAGGACCCUCCCCCAUCGAUACCGCAAAACGAGCCGGCCCACUGGCAUCAACAGAGCAGCUUUCCGCCUUCACAAUACCCUAGAGCUCCACUCGGCUCACCACAAGCCUAUCCACAAGGCGCACAACACACACCACACCAUGAUUUUCCUCGGCGAAGUCAUGAUGGACGCCGACAACCCCCAGCCGACCGACCCAAGCAUCUACAUACGAUCCCCAACUGCGACCCAUGGGUGCUGGUGAUAACGAAGCUGGGGCGAAGAUUUGUUCACAAUGUCGAGUCGGGAGAGAGUUUCUGGAAGUUCCCGCCGGAUAUCCUGUUGGCCGUAAUCAAGUUCGACCAUGCACAGCGGGAAGGGAAGAAGAUCGAGGAGGGUCCAAAGACGGCCACGACGGAGGCCGGCGCGGCGCCACGGCCUGAGACUGAACAUGACGCGAAAGAGAAAGAAAACCGCGAUGCCGAGGAGCAAAGCGAGUACGAAGAAGUUGAGGUUGAGGUGACGGAUAGCGAAGACGAGGAGAUGGCCACGAAACGACUAAAGCUAGACGGGGAGGAGCAAGCUUUCGAGUUCAACGAAGACGAUAUGGCAUAUCAAUUAGAGGGCAUGGGGGAGGAUGACUUUGAUGCCCAAGGUGAAUUUGACGACAUGAUCGCCGAAGAGGAUGCAGAAGCGGACGAACUCAGCCCAGAAGAUGCGGAACUCCUAUUUCAGGAUCUGUUGGAUGAUCAUCACGUAAAUCCCUAUACGCCAUGGGAGUCGGUCAUCGAAAACGAUGCGAUAAUCGAUGACUCCCGAUAUACCGUCCUGCCGAACAUGAAAUCCCGAUUGGACGUGUUCAACCGAUGGAGCCGACAACGCAUUGAGGCGCUGAAGGAAGCCAAAGCGAAGCAGGAGAAGCGAGAUCCGCGCAUUGCGUACCUCGCCUUGCUCGACAAGAAGGGGUCUACCAAGCUAUAUUGGCCGGAGUUUAAGAGGAAGUACCGGGCCGAACCAACGAUGAAAGACGGCAAGCUUCUCGACCGCGACCGCGAGAAACUGUAUCGAGAGCACGUCAAACGACUACAACAAAGCCAGUCUUCGCUAAAAGCCGAUUUGACGAAGCUGCUACAAUCUCUCCCUUUAUCCUCGUUGAACCGCUCGACGUCUCUCAACGCUCUCCCAUCCAGCCUUGCCACCGAUAUUCGCCUCAUCUCCCUCCCCGAGAAAGUCCGCAACCCCAUCAUCGAAAGCCACAUCUCCAACCUUCCAGAAGCACCCGAUCAGGCUGAUCGCUCCGAAUCGGAGCGGUUCCAAGACGACCAGAAGAAGGCAGAACGAGAUCGUAGAGAACGCGCACUAACCGAGAGGGAACAAUUCGCUCGGGAGCAGGCAACCAGAAACUCAAAGUCGCUUAUGCACAGCCGAAGGAUACUGGAACAGGAACAGAGGGAGGUGCAAGAUGCCAUGCGACCGGGGAUGAAGGGCCUCAAGAGUCAGUUAGAAGGGUUAUAACGGACGACCAUAGCCGGUUUUAUGUCCGCUCGUGUUGGCGAAGAAUGGAAGCCUCGAUUCCAUGCAAUGUGCAUAGCACAUAGCCUCUUCAUCAAUAUGAUAAGAGAGAGGCACCAUAUUCUGAUGCCAGAAUCAGUUCUGGUACCCUCGCAAUUAUGCGGUUGAACAACUCCCCGUUCGUUAAUUAAGCUAACAGAUGCGACACGUCCUCUAAAGUCGAGGAGCAAUAUGAAAAUCAUAUCAUAGAGACAUACGACAGCAUUACUGUAUCGGUAUGCAAUCGUACUUCGAACCACGGCACCUCACCGCGGUAUCGGCCAAGC